GCUGUUCCAGCUGGAAGUUAGCACUGAACCCCCACUCCCAUCCCAGCUCCUCUUGCACAUCAGUGUCAGUAGCUCCCGAGACUGCACAGGGACACGGGUGUAGCAGAGGCAUGGUGGUAACUGGGAACGGAGCUAGGUUUCCAAAUGCUGGCAAGGGAGGUAACAUGGUGCAAUCUGCAGGCAGCACGUCACAAGAAGACGGUGAGGAUGGACCUCAAGGCAUCAAAUCUCUCCAGCAUCCUGAACUCAGCAGCCAAACAAUGAGAUACCACAGACUUCAUGGCCACCAGCAUGCAUCUCACCAUAUUGCAAGUCAAGACAAUCUCGACAGACCUGGCAUCCUCUCUGAAGACUCUUGUUGUUCUAACCAUGACCUUGAGCUUGACCUGGAGUUGAAGUCCAGGACUCCCUCAUUAUCCACUCCUGGCUCUUCAGAUGCUCCACUCCUCAACACUAAAUCAGCAGCAACUGCUCUGCAGUGUAGUAGGUCUCCUGAGAAGAUCACUUUGCUGGAAUCUCCCACACAAAACAAGACAAAACUGGCUUUAGAAUGGACUUUUUAUCCACGGUUUGGUCUUCAUACAUAUCAUAUCGGGAAACGAUGCGUCUUUAAUGGCACUUUCCUCCGAAACAAAACCUCUGCAUCAGAAAGGACCUUGGAAAUGUGUUUGGGGAGAAAAAAACACGAAAUUGACUGCAGAAAUGGCAUCCCCAUGGCAACCCCUUGUGACAACUGCUACAACUGUCCAGAACACAGUUUGAACUUUCACAGAUUUGGAUCAACGAGGCCAGUGGUGAAUUUUGGAUGUGAAAAGUAUAAAAAGAGAGUAGAUACAUUUAUCCCUCUUCAGCAUUUGCCGCAGAUUCCUUGUGUUCCCUAUCAUGUGAAGGAGAAACAGAAGGAAUUAGCAAGGGAAAGGAAUGAAGUGAAAAAUCUAGACAGAUGGAAACCUGCUCCACUACUGCGCCAGACUUUGCUUAUUCCUUCACCGCUACGAAGAAUAAAAACAUCAUGAGCUGCAAUGGGAAGGUCUUUCUGAAGAAUAAUUUUGUCAGCUACAGAUAAUAAAAAGAAGAGCUUUAAUAUCCUGCUGUGAAUACCAUUGGAUGUGGUUUCUGACUUCAGUGGCUCAUGUAUCCUGGUGUGGCAAUUACUGUAGAUAUCCAGUUUUCAUUUACUGGUUUCUUGUUGAGUUCUGGAUUGUCUCUUGUUCACUAUUACCCUGAACAAAAGCUCCAAACUAUUUUCUUGUACUAGUUGUUCAAAGCUAAAUAAGGUAUUGAAUAGAGACGCACUGAGAAUGUAGUGCAUCCCUAUUUAUAAUACAAAAGAACAGAGAUUUCUUUUUUGUUUCAUGAUAUGUUACUUCCCCAAACUGAUUAUUUCUAUGCCACAAAUGUGUUCCUCUGGAGUAAUUGCUGGAAUUCAAAACUUCUUCCGAGGGUAACAGUAGAGUCUCUGGUAUAUACUCUAACUUUAUUCUAUGGAGCCCUCUACCAAGGCAUCUCAGAGAGCUUUGAACCUGAAUUGAUUUUCACAGCAUUGCAUCUAAGUGGGUGAGCAUUAUCUCACAUUUAUCUCUUGAAGCCCAUCUCACACCUGAUUUGAAAACCAUACACUAGUGCUAAUAUAAUGUCCCUGUUCCAAAGAGCCUCUCAUCUAAAUAAGACAAGACUUAGACAUGAACACAGACAAGUGGAGGAGAAGAGAAGGAAGACCAGAGGAGCAAUGACAAGAGCACAAGGUUACUUUCACCACUGUGUGACAACUAGUGAGUUGCAAGUCAGUAACAGUUAAAUCAUUCAAGUUUUUAAAUGAUUCAGAGAAAACAACAGUGUCAUUUUUUUGGUAGUAUUUAAUACUUUGCUGAGCUGUUUUUGCGCUCUGGAGCUACAGUUCAUGCCACCAUUACAGCUUGACCUAAGGUUGCUUACAGAGAAGCGCUGUAACUGCAGGACUGAUUUUGUGCUUGCUUCUUUCCCAUUCAAAGAGCUUUAGCUGCUUUCUAAGUGCACCAUAGAGACACUUUGCCAGUAAGAAUGCUUUUUAACUUCUCUGUUGAUGCAUAAUGGAAAGAAACAAUUUUUAAAGGAAGCACUGUACUGUGAAAACAAUAGCCCCAUGAAAUACAUAAUGGACAAUGUUCUCUUGGCUGCUUGCUUCAGUUUUUUUCUUUUCUCUUGGCCAACAAUUAUUUCACCAGCUUCCCGCUUUUCAUUCUGUAUGUCCCUGGGUGCUUUAAAGGACAUGGUCUAACAUCAAGGAAGUCUACUGCUUCUUUAGGGACUUGGGGAGAUGUGGUGGAAACAGCUUUGGUAGCGUAGAGUCAUCCUACGCUUGGGAUGGUGUAGAGUCAUCCCACACUUAGCUGGCCAGGGAUUUGGGGGUUCCUUAAGUUUUAGGGUGCCUGUUUCUGAGAGACCAAGUGGAAGUCACCCCAAAUCAGUGCUCAGUCCUGAAAACUGUGCCAUAGGUAGUUAAAAUGUCUGCGGUAAGUGGCUAUUCAUAACAUUAGCUAUUCAUUUCAGUGGAGCAGAACAGGGAUUAGCUAUGGUGGCACAUCAUGUUCCCUGGGGCGCCCACUCUGCAGUGGCUCUGUUUUAAUAGGAAGGUAGGGGGAAAGGUAGAGAAGGGAAUGAUUAGUAGCAGUGUUUUUCUCUAUGUUUCUGGAGCCAUACCGAAGCAGUGGUUCCAGCAGAAACCACACUGAGAAGCUGGCGAACUUAGAGAGCUCACUCCACAUGUGCAGUCCAGUUGAAGGGGAGUACAGUCACACCCCUUAGAUCUGUCCCUGGACCUUGACCUUAGUACUUGUGAUCAUCAUUUGGAAAACCCAUGUUUACCCUUAUAUUUAUCCAGUGAAAUAUUAUGGCCUAUUGAAAUCAAUGGGGGUCUUCACUUAGAGUAGAACCUUACUCUGUGAAGUAGUAGCAUUAAGAUUAAUGGCACACUAAUGUGAUACUGGGUGUGUCUACAUGAGUCAUUAUGGUGCAGUAGCAAUGAGAUACUGUACUGUAACUCGUUGCUACAGUGCAGAAGCAUUGGGAAAAAAUGUGCAGCGAUGGUACUGCGCAGUAAUGCCAGCAGUGCACAAUAAUGCUAAUGUGAGUACUAAAUGACUGCGCAGUAACAAUUGCAUAGUCUGCCGCAUGUGUAGAUGUGGCUGCUCAGAAUAAGUAACGUUGUUAAACUCCAGGUUAAUAUUAAUGCAUGUAUUCGUAUGUAAAAAACUAAUUGAAUAAGUUAUUGUAUUUACUAUCAGAAACUAUGACUUGUACAAACUGUGUGCACAGAGGUGCAUGGCUUUGAGGAACAGGAUGUUAGAAUUAAUUAUGCAAUGUUGAUAAAAAUAAGUGUUUAGGCAGAUUUAAUGUUAGUAUUUGCUCACUAGACAAUCCAGAGUCUGAAUUUAUACAGCUGCAAACCUCCAGUUUUGAUGCUGUACCAUCUCACCACUUCUCUUUUCUAUUGCAGAUAUAAACCAGAGCUGCAAGGGCUUAGAAUGGCUGGGUUGUGAAGGCAGGCUUUGCAAUUAGCCAGGGGUCAAGUCAAGUAACACGGAAGAAUUGCUCUGCAUUUCUUCAGCUGACGUUGCAGAAUUGCCAGUGCCACCUCCCAGUGUACGUAACACUGUCCAUCACACUGGCCAUUCUGCUGCGUAUCUGCUUAGGAAGCCAAAUGUCUUUCCCUUUUAUCUCUGCAGCAAAAUUAAUGCAGUGCCAAAUUCAGAGUAGAAAUAUAAAAUCCUUGUCACAGCAACUUGCAUCAGUAUAUUAAAAUAAUAUGGGGAAAACAUUACUAAAUUUGGCAUCUCGCAAGUAGGGUAACUAUGUUGAUCACAUGUCUAUAAAUUAUAUCAUGUACUCCCAGCUAAGUAAGAUCUUGUACCCAUGACAAGCUCUAUGGUUCUGCAGAGAGGUAAGACCAGUUAUUAGCCGUAUGCUCUUAUGUAGCGGACUUACUGAUACAGCCCAGCAGCCUGGGCUUGGAGAAUCUUUACUGUGAUUGGUGGAGCCUGUCCACCAAUCAGGUAAUGCUGGGAAGGUAAUGCUGGCUUGCCCCACCCCUGCCAGGGGGGAAGGGGAGGGGAGAACCCCAGACCUGGUUGUAGCCUACUCUUUGCAGGUCUGCCAACACCCCAGGGUAGAGCCUCCAGAGUGAAUAAAAGGAGCUGUGUGCCCAGCAUGAGAGAUGUGUCAAGGGACAGAGAAGAGGAUGGACUAAGAAGAGCUGGUUGGUGUGAGUUGGCCAGUGGGCAGAACCAGGACCCCGAGGAGCCCAAAGAUACCUCUUCAUGAGUGGGAGUGGUGAGCGGUUGCGUCCUCAGUUGCACCGCGGGGAACACGGUGUCGGUGCAUGGCUCGGUGCAUGGAGCCCAGACCCUGGGAGCUGCAGGAGGAAGCUCUGGUCUGAAACCCCCUGGCGAGCGGCUGGGACCUCGAUGCAUGCACCAGCACAGGGAGCCCAGACUCUAGGAGGUGCACGAGGUGGCUCAGGUCUGUGAUCCCUGGCAAGCGGCCAGCGAACUCAGUGCAGGCGACGCUGCAUGGAGGAUCCGGGAGACGGAUUGGGCCCCAGCGCUGCACGAGGUGGCCCAGGCCUCCAACCCCCAGCAGAAGGCAGAGCCCUCAGUGCACGUGACGGUGCACAGGGCCACCUGCGAGUGGCAGCCCAAGGGGAGCCAGUGGCCUGGGAGGCCACGCCUGUGAGUAGCAACUUGGCCCAGGGAGUGAGGACCACCCAUCCAGGUCCUGGAGUCAGGACUUGUUUGGGAAGGGAUUGCCACAGGGGAGGGGAGCUACCCCGGCUGUAUGGAAGUUCAUCCCCAGGGAAGCUUGCGCUAAUUGGUUGUUGAGGUGCCUUAUAUUUUGUGGGACAGUGCCUCCUAGUCUGUGACACUGCCUGCGCCUUAUAUUCUGUGAGCAUUUUAACUUCGUAUAUUAGUAGUUUACUAGAGUCUUAAGUUUAAACUCCUUAGGGGACACUGUUGGGACCCCUUCCCUGAUGGUUAUAUAUACUUAUCCGUGCAUAUUUGUGUUUUGACUGCUGUUUAAUUGUAUUUAUACGUGCUCACCUAUAUUUACCUGUUGUUGGCCUAUUCUAAAUCCACUGUUCACAUUGUUUGGGGCUACCUGGAGGGGUGCAAUCUUUCAGCCUUUAUCUGUAGGACAUAGUAUUAUAUGAUAAUUGUAUAUGGUUUUUAAUAUAUAUCUGUAUACUUUAUUAAUAUAGAUCUGCAUAAUUGAAAUGUUAAUAUUUAUCUGUAUAAUCUGUUUAUUAUUUGUAUAUCUGUAUAAACAUAUAUAUGUUUUUAAUAAACACAUACACACACAUAUAUAUAUGUAUAUAUGUUUGUUAAAAGCAAUUCUCUUAAUUCUUGUAUAUAUUAAUAAAUCUGUACAUACUUAAGUA